AUGGUUAGGACACGAGGAAAUUUAUCUAGACGUGGUUCAAAUGAUGCACCCGAGAGUUCCACACAGGGUGGUGCACGGAAGAGACCGACAACUUCGGCUCGUAGAAGGGGUCAGCAUGAGGCUAAUGUUGUUGAGGAUGAUAUUGUUGAGAAUGAGGUUUCCGACGUUCCUCAGGAGGACGAGCAGGGGAUUUAUAACGAUGGUGGAGGAUUUCCUGGUGGUCCAUAUGAUACAUCUUUAUUGACCCGGUACGAGGAUCAUGUUGCACGCAUGAUAUGGGAUGGUCAGGAUCUAGUUGUGAAAGUGGUCUCCCAUAUUAAAAAAGUGAAGAAAUUAGGACGUCCUCACCCUUCUGUUGCACCUUUUGUGUUAGCUUCUGGAUUAUCGCCUCUGUGCGAUAUUUUAUAUGAAUAUAUCGAUCUUGGGUUAGUAUUGGGUUUCGUGGAGAGAUGGCAUCCCGAGACUAAUACUUUUCAUCUACCCAUUGGGGAGAUGACGAUCAAUUUAGAUGACGUAUGGUCACUUCUCCAUCUUCCCAUCAGUGGAAACUUUUGCUCGACUGAAAAUCUGGAAUAUGAAGAUUCAGUUGAGAUUUUGACGACACUUCUUGGUGUUGAUCGGGCCAUGGCUUGUGUGGAGCUGAAUCAAAGUCGGGGGUGCACGAUAUUUUCUAACAAAAGCGCCACCUAUGUUCAUACACAUUAUCUCGAGCUAUUUAGAGAUCUCCCCACAUGUCGUAGAUAUGCUUGGGGAGUUGUUGCUCUUGUCCACUUAUAUGACCAGCUAGGAGAUGCCAGCUUUGCAAAUACAAGGCAAUUAGCUGGAUAUCUACCUCUUCUACAGGCUUGGAUAUACGAGCACUUCCCUACAUUGGGAAGGAAGCAAGUACGAGAUACAUAUGUGGAGACCGAACCCCGUGCUCUACGUUAUGUCACUGGACGCGCCAUUUCCGCUAUAGCUGAUGUUAGAGUCCAGUUGGAUGGCUUGACAUAUGAUGGGAUGAUUUGGAACCCAUAUGUAGCACAUAGAGCUUCUCGACAACUUGUAACACAUGACAUGUUUUCUGGCUUCCUGAGGGUUGGUACCCUCGUACACCGUCAUUUGUCGGAGCGUGUGUUGCGACAAUUUGGCUUCAUUCAGCCUAUUCCACGACCGCCUAGUUCGGUUCCCAUGAUAGACUUUGAGACUAUUGAUGAUCGGUGGAAAAAGCACGAGCAAUUUGUUGUACAUCAAGUGGUCCAAGCAACGAGCAUAUUUGCAGGUUUUACUUGA